GUCCUGGGUCACCGGGAGAGGGUAAAAAGCCGCCAUGACGCUCACCCUCCGGGCUGUAGGUGGCGCAAACGUGGCGGGGCGGCGGCAGCUCAGUCGGAGGUACAACAGGCGCAAAAAGUAGAGCUCCGAGCCGAACUCUGGGUGCGCGAUCGAUUGCUUCAGCCUGGUGACGUAUUUUGGGGUCGUCAAUCUGCGCAGUUGGGGCGCGAUGGCACCGGUGAGCCCGGCGGGGAGUUGGCGGAGUAAAGGUUUGGAGACGCGAGGCGAGGGUGUUCGUCAGGUCGGAUUUAAGAAUAAGAAUGUGAAACGGAGGACUUGGAGGCCUAACCAUCCACAGGCCUUCGUGGGAAGCGUUCGCGAGGGACAAGGCUUUGCAUUUCGGAGAAAAUUGAAGAUUCAGCAGAAUUACAAGAAAUUGCUAUGGAAGGAAAAGAAGGCUGGAACAGCACAGGAAUCCCAAUUCACAGAUCAGUACCCAGAUCACUUGAAACAUCUCUAUUUAGCUGAAGAGGAAAGACUCAGGAAGCAGCAACAAAAAAAAAAACGGCCUUUGGCAGAAGAAAAAGUCAACCCCCUUUUGCCUGAAGAGCAGUGUAGAGUUGACCAUGCUUUGUCUGAAGACCAGUCACAUCAGCCUCAGCUAGAAGAGCAACGUAGCAAGACAGUAAAUUCCACGAGUGUUCCAAAGAAAAAGAAAACAUCCAAUCAGAAAGCACAAGAAGAAUAUGAGCAGAUACAAGCUAAGCGUGCUGCUAAGAAACAAGAAUUUGAGAAGAGAAAACAAGAGAGAGAAGAAGCUCAAAGGCUCUACAAAAAGAAAAAAAUGGAAGUGUUCAAAAUAUUGAGCAAAAGGACUAAAAAGGGCCAACCAAACUUGAAUUUACAAAUGGAGUAUCUUCUUAAAAAAAUACAAGAAAAAAGCUGAAUCAGACAUUUUGUCCUUUAGGGUAAAAAUACUCACCGAAUGUCUAUUGGAUUCUUAUGUAUAGGAAAUUCAUAGUCCCUGAAAAUGAACCAAAUUUGGCAACAUAACAUAAACUGCUAAGAUGUGCAAAUACAAUUUUUUCUUGUAAAAGAAAAAUUUUAAUAUGUAUAGUUGAUGUAAUAUGGCUGGUUUUACAUUUAUUUGCCUCGAGGGAGAUUGGGUUGAACUUAAAAAUCUAUUUGGGAGAGAGGCUCAGGCAUACUUUUGUAAUGUAUAAAAUUUAUAUGAAAUAAAAUUCAUUUAAAAUAAGAGGGUGGAGUUUUCAAUGAUUAU